CUCGUAGUCAGUUGAUAAGUUUGAAAUGACAAAAUUAAUGCAGAAAAAAAACUACGAAACCGAGUGUCAAACAGUGUAUAUAAAUAACUUUGAAUUAAUUAAUAGAUUUAUUUUUGUACUUACUUUAUUGUUAGUAUAAAUAAGUAACAUCUAUUUUGUUUAUAGUGUAACUUUUUAUUCACUGUGAUCAACGUCAUGUCUUUUUCAUUUGGUUCCAAUACUACUACACAAAGUACUGCAUUUGGUUCAGCCGCUAAACCCUCCUUCUCAUUUGGGGGUACCAAUACAGCAACCACAAGUACAGCUGGAUUUGGUGGAUUUGGAACCUCUACAACAUCUUCUGGAUUUGGAACAUUUGGGGCACCAACUAGUACAGCUACACCUUUUGGUGGGCUAGGAGCAACUCCAGCUUCAACAGCACCUAGUUUGUUUGGGGGUGCUGGAUUUGGAACUACUGCUGCUAAGCCAGGUUUUGGUACCAGUACUUUUGGUACAAAUACAUUUGGUACUGGUUCGACUUUUGGUACUGGUACAUCUACAUUUGGUAGUGCUGCUCCAAGUUUUGGUACCAAUACUCUUGGUUCCAACACAUUUGGUGGGUCAACUUUUGGUACUGGAUCUACAUUUGGGUCAACAUUUGGUGCCAAACCGGCGACAACUGGAUUUAGUGGUUUUGGAACUGGUCUUGGAGCUAGCACAGCAUUUGGACAACAACAGCAACAAUUACAACAGCAGCAACAGGGCCCGACGACUGCACAUGAAGCCUUAGUGGCUGCUGUCUUUAACUGCUCCGUGUUUGGUGAUGAGAGAGAUCAGGUGCUUGCUAAGUGGAAUUUACUCCAAGCUCAAUGGGGGACUGGUCAAGCUUAUUACAGUCGAAAUGCACCCGCAUUAGAGUUGAAUGAGCAAAAUCCAUUAUGCCGUUUCAAAGCAGUUGGCUACUCUAGACUUGGUGGACGAGAGGACAAGGAUGGCCAUGUAGCGAUGUUGUUUAAUAAACCUGAACAGGAUAUUAAAAAUAAUCAACAAGCAUUAACAAAUUCCCUGUCAAAUUUAUUGGGAAAUAAACCAAAUUUGGUUGUUAAUAUUGAUGCUGUAAAGGCUGUCUCAGAAUCAAAAACUCAGGUGGUGGUAUACGUAGUGGAUAAGAACGCGAGCGGGUGCCGUGUGGGUGCGUCGGAGCUGGGCGCGUUUCUGGGAGCGGGCGCGGCGCGGGCGGCUCUCACGGGCGCCGGGUGCUCCGCCAUCGCGCCCGCCACUACUCCCUCUCCCGCCGUGCGAGCACACCACCUGCAGGCGCCACCGCCAGGUAUGGAUAUGCGGUUAUGGAAGCAGGCACAAGCGGACAAUCCUGAUCCUGAAAAUUAUAUCCCUGUUCCGAUAGUCGGAUUUUCAGAGAUUAAGUUUCGUGCACGCUGCCAGUCAGAAGAAGCGAAGCUCCAGGCUAGCUGGCUGCGUCGCACCGCCGAUACGCUCGCAGAACUGCGCACACGUCGUGCGGCUUCCGGAGCUCGUCUUGCGCAUAUGACUGCUCGUUUGCACGCUCUGCGUCACACGCUACUUCAGGUUAUCUCGCGACAGGAGGUGACGGGCCGUGUGGGCGCCGCCUUAGCGCCGGAGGAGGAAGCUGCGCGCGCUCGGUUUCACGAACUCGCCUCGCAGCUCUCCGCGCCGCCGCUAUAUAACGGUCGUUUGAAUGAGCUUUUAUGCGCUGUUCGGCUUCAACGAAGCGCUAGCGGAGGUGCUGCGUACGAACGUUAUUCCCUGGACCCUGGUGCCCAAGAAGACGUGAAGCAAUUCCUCACAUUACAACAGCGAGGUAUGGCGCAUCUCCUGGAUACAGCUCAGAAAGAUCUCGACGCGCUCAACACUAUUGCUGAUGGCAUGUCCCGGCUCGUGCGUGCCUAAGACCCAUACAACUAUGUUUGUAUCUUAUUUGGAUAUAUAGAACAUGCUUUCUUUCUGAACCUCAUAUUAUGACGUUAGACACCUCGAUAUGGAGAGUGUGUUUCCGUCUAUGAAAAUAAAGGUCGACAUCAAAUUGUUAUAAAUAAUCUUACGCCGGUGCAUAUGGCAGAACUUUAUGUUUGUGAAAUAUUGUUUGCAACGUUGAAUGGAUCAUUGUAAAUUGUUGAAGAUUUUUUUAAAUAAAUAAUAUUAACGAACAUAUUUAACUUGGUUAUCCUUAGUGCCUAUCUACUUGAUACUGGGAUUUAAAGGACUUUCAUUAGUACGAUGCUUAGUGUCCAGUUUUAUAGAUAAUCCUAGAGAUAGUAUGAGAUAGUGCAUUGUGCCUUAAGACCAAUACUCUUUUUGAAGGCCGUCUUUCACCUAUUAGAGGCCCUGGGCACAUUAAGGUAAAGGGACCAUAUUAAUAAAGCACUAUUUUCUUGGAAUAGACAAAGUCAUUUUUGAACAUGACUAGAGAUGUAUAUGGGGAUGCCAUACCUUCAAAACAAACCAGCCAAAAAUAAUUUUAAAAAGUCGUCGUGUGAUGAGGUGUUUAAGUUCUUGCUAGACAUUUAUAAAAAAAUAACAAAAACGAACAAAUUGACCAUAGUCGGUAAGCAUUUGUUAGGACUGAUUGUAUCAGGCGAGAGUAGAGUAGCUAUCUGUUAUGGUUUGGUAAUGGAGUAGGGACUAAACU